AUGGCCAUGAAAGAAAUAAAAUCAUGUGAUAUAAUUCUCGCAUCACCGAGUCUCUAUUUACCAAGUAACACAACAAGCUCUUUAGCAAUCAAAGGCAACAUCCAAAUUAAUCUUUCAGCCCCACUAAAAGUUACUCAAGUAAUAUUAAAACUUCAUGGAUUUGCACAAUUUAAUAAUUCUCAAAAAGCUACAACACGAAAUUUAACGACCAAAGAUUUGAUUAAACAAAAACUUACUGUUGUAAACAUCACAAAAACUUUUAAUCCUGGUGAAACAUUGCUUCCGUUCGCUAUUACAUUGAAAGCACCGGUAAAUCUUCCAGCCAGUGUUGAGGGUAAACAUGCUGCGAUUAGAUAUGUGCUUACUGCUGAGUUGACUAAAGCUUCUCCGCAUGCAAUUUACAAAACCUCUAAAAAUGUAAUUUUACGAAAAAACACAUUAACAAAUGGUGUAGAUAUCAAUGAAAAAGUUAUUUAUGAAGAUGAACGUGAAGGAUUGUUAAAAUAUAAAGUUUUUGUCUCGAAAUAUAUGGCCAUUAAUGAUGAUGCCGGUGAGGAAGAUAAUGCUGAUAUUUCUACGGAACCGCGCGGUGUUGUUAAAGUUGAAGCUACUUUUGAAUCUUUGGAUAAUGCUGGUGUUAAAGAAGUGAAAGUUGAAUCAUUCGAGUAUGAGAUGUACAAUUUUGCAAAGUUUGGAUCAUCAUCAUCCGCUUCUAGUGCAACGAAAUCAUCGACACCUGUAAAAAAAACAGUAACGCCGACUUCACGAGCAAGUGCUAAAAUCCCUGCAUUCUCUAAUGUUUCCAUACCAAACCCUCAUCAUACCACACCACUUAUUACACCACCUCUCUCAAUUCCUAUAUCGUCCGAUGACUCCGGUCCUGUUUCAUUCGAAAUCCCAAUCUAUCAUCGGAUGAAACCUGAUUCAAAUGUUUCUUUCUUGGAGAUCAAACAUGAGAUUAUCAUGACAAUAAGAUUCGAUAAAUUUAUGUUGACACCCUUGAAAUUGGAGGUCCCUAUUAUUGUUAUAACUAAUUCUUCAGAAAAUUGA